AUGAAGUCACCGCCGCCCUCCUCCGCCGCCUUCCUCCGCGACGGGCGGUGGCUGUCGCGGUACUUUUUCACCCUAUUAGCCUUCAUUCUGUUCAUCAUGAUCCUCUACGCUGAGAGCUUCCGCUGCAUCUUCGGCGGCUUAGACCAGAGCUCGUCAACCGGAACGAUGAAGGAGAGACAAAAGCUAGCUUUCGCGGUGGGAGAGGCGGGGACAGGCUGCGACGUAUUUAGUGGGCGGUGGGUGUGGGACGAACACUACCCGCUCUACGAGGAGGCGGAAUGUCCAUACAUACAACCACAACUGACGUGUCAGGAACACGGCCGCCCUGACAAGGGCUACCAGCACUGGCGAUGGCAGCCCCACACGUGCUCUCUUCCAAGUUUCAACGCGACAUUAAUGCUAGAAACUCUUCGAGGCAAGAGAAUGAUGUUCGUGGGCGACUCUCUGAACCGGGGCCAGUUCGUGUCGAUGGUUUGCCUCCUCCACAAGAUAAUACCGGACCACGCCAAAUCCAUGACCACCAACAGUUCGUUUAUGGUUUUUACCGCCAAGGAUUACAACGCGACAAUAGAAUUCUACUGGGCGCCAUUUCUCCUAGAGUCGAACUCGGACGAUGCCAUAGUAAGGUUGGUUCGGAAGGGCUCGAUCAACAAGCACGGCGAGCAUUGGAAAGGUGUCGACAUAAUGGUGUUCAAUACCUAUCUCUGGUGGAUGAAAGGCCUCAAGUUCAAUAUACUAUUGUAAGACUAUACCUAA